GACGCUGCUUCUCCAGCAGCAGCUUCGGGUUUCUCCCGCAGGAGCUUCGGGCUUCUCUUGGUAGAGACGUGGGAACUUUCCUUCUUCUGGCGAGACUGCAGAGGUGAUGGGCCGCUCUCGGGGCGCCCUCAGGGAGGCGGCACGGUGAGCGUCCUCUGGCUCCGGUGCGGCGAUCGGUGCCUAGUUCCGGGCUCGCCGGUCCGACUUGGAUGCCGGCUCUAGUCGAGAAAUGUAUAUUUACUGCCUGAAAUGACUUCAAUUGCUGAGCUCUGAACCACAGUAUUUCAUAAAUGAUUAACAUUAGAUGGAGUCAGUGGGAACCUCACAACUUUUCUUAAACGGCAUUCCACAAGAAAGAAUUUCUCACAAUUGCAAGGUUUUGGCUGCUAUGAAUAAAGCUGCUGUGAACAUUCCCAUACAUGUUUUUGGCAGAUGACUGCAUGCUGGAGAGAGGGCAAGCAAGGAACAAACAGCACUGUAAAUUGAAUACCAGCAGCUCACGACUUGAACUGCAAUUGGAACCCAGGUCUUCUGAGCUAUGAUAAUUUUUUGGAACGGCAGAAAUGAUUGGUUUAGCUACAGAUGGGAAUUUGGAGUCAUUCUGAAAUACAUCCUGGAAUAAUUGUGUUUGACUAGAAGCAAAUCUUAUGAGGUCCCCAAGGAUGAGAGCCUGUGCUAAGUCAGUGUUGCUGUCGCACUGGCUCUUUCUAGCCUACGUGUUAAUGGUGUGCUGUAAGCUGAUGUCCGCCUCAAGCCAGCACCUCCGGGGACAUGCAGGUCACCACCAAAUCAAGCAGGGUACCUGUGAGGUGGUUGCAGUGCACAGGUGCUGCAAUAAGAACCGCAUAGAAGAGCGGUCACAAACGGUCAAGUGCUCUUGCUUCCCGGGACAGGUGGCCGGCACAACUCGGGCUCAACCUUCUUGCGUUGAAGCUUCCAUUGUGAUUCAGAAAUGGUGGUGUCACAUGAAUCCAUGUUUGGAAGGAGAGGAUUGUAAAGUGCUGCCAGAUUACUCAGGUAACGCGGUAGCGAAGAGAGAGGUGUGCUUCAAUCCUGGAGGGGCAGCAGGAUGCGGAGCACUUUUGCUUGGAUUCCCAUCCUGGCCCCUUUGCAGAAAAUUGUCUAGGAUUUCAGCAACUUCAUAUUUGUAUAUGAGAGCUGUGAGAGGUGGCAUUCACUUAACUGGCCCAGCCCUCUCUGCUUCGUGAUUUUAUUUCAUCAAAUUAUAACCACAAGCCACCACACAUUUGACAUCCUAUCUGGAUUCCCAAGGAGCAUACCUCCAACAUCCGAGAAGAGCAAAUCAGAGUCUUCAAAAUGGAUCACCACUAAGGGCCUGUUCAUUCUUCACUUUCUUUCUGCCUUUACAAAAUAACUUAGAUGUAUGUUUCAAAGGGUCCUCAUUCUGUUCCUCUUUUGAACUUUUCCUUUUGCCCUUGUAUUAAAGUAGUUUUAAAGGGGUCUAAAAAGAUUUUGGCAAAACGUAUUUGCAGAUGUAGAUUAACUGGUGAAGAAAAUUACUGCUAGAGAUCAACUGGUUAACUGGUAACGAACAUUUAUUUUAUAAUCCUUGAAGAAUAGAAGGACAUAGUUGGAUUAUUGUGUGUCAUUGUAUUUUUACUUUCCAUUGUCCAGUUAGCAGAGAGAAAAUGAGAGCAUUUUAACUUCAAUGUACCAUUUUACUGAGUGCUAAGGAAGCAUAUCAAUUCCAAUAUUUUAUAACCAAAGCUCUAUCAGAACAUAUUUAUAAAACUUGUUGGAAUUUUUAUGGCUUUUGUGUAGUCAUGUAGGUAAAUCAUUUAAAAUAUAAACAAAUCUCAAUUUAGAUCAAGAGUUAUUUCUUAGAUCAAGUUUAUGCCAAUUAUAUGAAAAUAUUUUAACUCCUAGACAAGAGUCUUUCAGUGCUGAAUUUUUAGACUGUAAAUGAGUUCUUCUUAGCUUGGCUGUUUCCCUAUUUCGGUGUUAUUUCUUUUUUCUUUAAAAUCUGAGUCCUGAUUGGCUUAAUGAUUUUGCAACAGACAUGUCUCCACAUAUUCUCAGAUGCUGUCACGUGGAAAUGUAUGAAACAGAUGAAGAAUGACUGACCCAGAUUUUAAAUGUAUAAGGUACAUACUACUGUAAAAAUAUGGGACGAAUUUUAUAUAUUAAGAAAUACCAAAAACAUAGUUUGUGCACCAAGUUAAUUAUCCCUGUCCUUUCACAUUUAUAGGGGGAAAAUAAAUCAAUACUUUAAUGUUGUUUAUAGCAUAAUGGUUAUUUGAUUUUAUUCUUGCAGAAGGAAUGGAAAGAUUUGUUGGCUAAAUUUUUGAAUUUGACUAGAUGCUUACUACAUUUGUUAUGAUUGUAUGAAUAAGUAAAAAAAUUCAUCCUGCUGAUGGCAUACAUGUUUUUGUGAUUAUUAUAUGCCUUAAGACUUUGUGUUAACAUCCUACCUAGGCUUGCAGAUGUUAAACAUGAAAAACUCCUUUUAAAAAUAACACUUAACUUUGGGGAUGUGAACUAUGUCGCAAAGUUGGCACAUACAUUUGGGUGGCUUCGUUUCUUCUCCCAAACCUAUGUAGCAUUAAGCCUAGGUACACUCAUGAUGUUUUAUACAUACUUUGCUCCCUUUAGUAUUGAGUUAAAUAUAUAUAUAUAUAAAUUUUGUGAUACAUGAAACAGUGACUUAAUUUUUUAGCCCAUACGUCUGAUCUCGUACCCCAAAUAAGAUUAAGUAACUAUGACAAUACUUCACCUUUAGGUACAUCUCUAGUGAGUAAACCACUUCCAGGGAAUCAGUGGUCCAUUUGGGAAAAUGGCAGGCCUCAAAGCUGCCAUUUCAUCCAUUGUUGUUUCAAAGUGUACUUUUUACUUCAAAAGUAAGGCCUGAAAUGGGGCUUGCUUUGAGAAGCAUUUUAAUGUUAUCAUUCCCAUUCCUUUCCUGUAGGGAAAUAGGUAAGAGAAUUUUUGGUAUUUUUACAGAAUUUAAAACAAACAUACCAGGACAGUUUUGAGGCUGUUGGUCGCAGCAUGUUAGGACUCUGACUGGCACAUACAGUCUCAACACCUGAGAAACCUUUGCUGCUUGUAUCUGUGUGGACACAGCCAAAGUCUCUAUAAAGGAACAGUAACUACCUAGAUUUUUCUCUCUCUGCCUCAUGUCUGGAUGUGCUGCUCCAAACCGUAUACCCCUUUGCCUUCAUUUCCACAUUGGAAAGGUGAAACUCUGUUAAUAAGUUACAUUUAAGGAGCCUCUACAAGGCUGUUCAGAGUUAUUGGCAAAAUUCUCUGUCCCUCUAUAAACCUAUUUUUCUACUCAAUUUGGGAGAUAUUUAUGAGUAUUUCCAUUUCAUAGAGGAGAAUUUAAGACCUACAAGAUAUUAGACCAACCCAAACUCACACAGGGAGUUGUUACUGGAAAUUAUACAAUGAGAGUCAUGGUGAGAUACAGAAAAUUCUAGAUUUUUCUUUGAGAGUACUUCUAAAAUACUAUUCUGUAUUCUAGGUGUCCAGGUGAUGGACUAGCCUUAAAUCUGUAGCCAGAUUCUGUUUGCAUCCAGCACCUGCAGUCUUUGCCACUAUCCCAAUGUCAACAGACUGAUGAAGAAUAUCAUGUUGCUACCCAUUUUUUAAAAAUGGGUAAAAUAAUCAUAACUGAAUUUCUGCUUGUGUUUAAAAGAAUAUUUGUAUUUUAAAGAAUUUAUUUAAAGGAAAUCUGGCCAGGAACAAUAUUAAAAAUAUUGAACUGCUCUGUAGUUGGUCUUGGACUAUAAGUUGACUGUAAGUUACAUAUACCACUGUGCUCAAUGGCAGAUCACUUGCUCCUCCUCAUGCCAGAGGCUACCUGAUUGUGUAACUGAGCAGUCGAGCUUGAAAAUGCACUUUUAAACUUUUUUUCCCUCCUUUCUUCCAAGUCUCAAGAUGUAACCUCAAAACAACUGUAGAAACUUUUCCUUAGUCUUAAAAUAGAGCCUCAAACAUACUUUGAAACUCCAUUCCCUUCCUUUUACACUAGGUACUCCUUUCCCCCAUGCACAUUUAUCUAACUGUAUGCUUUUAUCUAAUUAUAUGCUUACUUAGAAGUCCCAGGGGCUAAUGUUGAGACAGACCAAGAAUGGAGACCCAGCUGCAAAAUUCCAGAAAUUACCUCAAGGUGGUUAGUCCACACCCCAGCCAUUUUAAGAUGACAGCCGUCCGUGCUCUUGGUAGACAAUAGUUUGAGAUAGCCACCAGAAGAAGACAUGUGGACUUUGUAUUCAGCACCAUUCCCCCACGCCUCCCAUUCCAAGUUCCCUCUUUAAUCCCUUCUCCCCAGCCGAAAGUUUGAAGUGGUUCUGGAAAGGGUGAGCUGGCUGUUUCCCCGCAGCUAGCUCUAGAAAUAGAAUCAUUUUCCUUUCACUACACUUCAUCCUUGUUGUUGGUUUUAUAAGUGGUGAACAGCUAAGCCUGCACUUGAUUACAAGAGCAGAUACAAUCUAGCAUAUGUUAUGUGGAUUUCCAAGGCUGCUUAAACAAGCCCAUGUGGCAACAUUGAACAGCCUAUGUUCUCUCACAUCAACACUACUGGAUGCAGAGAAGCUGCCCCUUUUAUGGGUCUAUAUAUACUCCUUCAUCCACCACCAUCUCUACUUGGCCAGCUUUUUUCAUUUGAAUUUUUGCAAGAACUUGUUGGUGUCUAUACAAGGUUGAGCAUUGACUCCUGAAAGUGGCAAUGGAAACACCAUACCAAAAAUGCCUAUUUCACAGACAAACUGGAAUAUGCUUCCACACGAAAUUCUUCAUGCACUAUUAGGGACCCACUGACCAAGGAUAAAUCCAUUGCUAGUCUGUUGACUAACUUUGCCAUUUAGUGAAGCAGUCAAGCCUGAACAAACUGGCAUAGUAUCUGCAUAUAACCUACGCACAUUCUCCCAUAAACUGUAAGUCAUCCCUAGGUUACUUAUAAUACUAAUACAAUGCACAUCCUAUAUAAAUAGUCGUCAUACUGUAUUUUGGGAAUAAUGACAGGAAAAAAGGUUUGUACAUGUUCAGUAUAGACACAACCAACCUUUUUUCCCCCCAAGUAUUUUUGAUCCACAGUUGGUUAAAUUUAAAAAUGCCCAUGGGACUGUAAUCAGCUCUUAAUAAAGUUGUGUAUCAUUUAUGAAUAA